UACGUAUGGUUUUGCUGAUUCUUUAUUUUUUGCACCUUUGCCUCCCUGUUCUUGCAAUAUCUAUACAUAGGUUUGUAUUUCUUAUUAGUAUUUUCAUACUACUCAUGGCUUGUGUUUACCUUUUAGUCUGAAACACUAGGAUUCUGUCACAUAUUCAUGAAAUAGUGAUGCUCUUGAUAAAAAUAAAUCUGUUGCUGUUGGAAACUUUGUAAUGGGAUAGCGUUUUCUUCUAAUGUAUGUUAAAACUUGCUUAUGAAAUCAACUGGAACACUAGAAGCCUUUCAAGCAAUAUUCUGUGAAAAUAAUUUAGAGAUAGAACUGCUUAAAUUUCUUAAACCAUGUCCUGUUGUCAAUAAAGAUAAAAAUAAAUUUAUGGUUCUCUGUAUUGAAUGUUGGAUUGUUGCACUAUACCUAUUCAAAUCUUUAAAUACAUAAUUUCAGUAAGAUAAACAUGAAUUAAAUCUUUCAGUCUUUAAUUUACAGAAUUAUUUUAGUGCAUUCAUUUUUAUAAUAAGGUAACAACUUUCCAUCUAAUUCCUCAAGUAUUUUUUUUUUUGUCUUUUUUAAUUUUCAUAGAAUUUGUCAAAAUAUGUUUGGUAAAUAGUGUUUGAAGAUAUCUAGAUUUUUAAGAGAUAAGACAUUGUUAGGUACAGAACCAGAAAUCAGGGUAAAAAUGUAAUCUUUAUUUGUAAAAAAUCAAUCUCUGCCCUAGUAUAGUAUCUACGAAAUACAGACGGAUAUGUUGUACAUAAAAUUCUCUCCUUUAUCAAGAUAUUUGAGAAACCUGUAUUCUUCCUCCCAAUUUCUAUCAGUUGUCAAUUGACUCUAGCUAGCCACCCCUUUAUCACCUGUCUUUUCUGAAGAGAAAAAGUUAUUUUAUGAACAAAAGUAAUUUCUAAUACUAAAUAAAAGUAGUACUACCACUCUUGUCCUUCCAAACCAGGCACUAAGAGACACUUAAUUACUUGAAUAGGUGAUAUGCAUUCCUAGUUACUCUUCUUACCCAUAUUAGCUUUAUCGUCACAUUUUCAACAUUUUAGUUGCUUUCACUUUGUUAAUGGCCCUUGGGUAAUAAUUUUGAGCCCACUUAUCUUUCUCAAACAAGGGUGAGUAAGAGGUUCUAUGUAAUUAACUCAUUAUAUGAGUGGUAGUAUUGGACCAAGAGUAGAAUGAAAAUUAGGAAAAAUCAGAACGUGUAGUAUUAUUCAGUGGACGUCCAUAUUCUCAAAGUGAUCCAGAGAUAGGAGAAGAUACUUGAGGUAAACCCCUCCUCCAGGAAUUCAUGAGAUCCUGGUCCUCUCCCAGUCUGCUGAGGAGAUCCCAAACAUCCAAGAUCUGGAUAAGGAGUGGAUCGUACCUAGAUUGUCUUAACAUGAGAUAAAAAUAUAUACAGAAGACAACUUCAGGGGUUUGAACACUCUUCAACCUGCCUACUCCAAUCAAAUUUCUCUGAUCUUGGUACAACAUCAUGGGUUUGUCUGAAGAAGACAUUUUUUUUCCUCAAACGAAGUUAUUGAACAUACAGUGUUUUCUCCAUCAUUCUAGGCUCGAAAGAAAGAAGAGAGACUUUGUGAAGCCCUAAAAAAGAUUGAGCCUGCUGAAUCUUCUGAAACAACCCACGAUCCUGAGAUAUUGACACCGGAAGAGCACUUUUUCUUCUUGAAAGAUGGGCCUUAAAUGCAAAAAUUAUGUGCCAGUUGGAAGGCGAGGAAUUUACCAAGGUGUAAUUUUGAACAUGCAUCUACAUUGGAAAAAACAUCAGACCUUGAAAGUAGUGGUGAAGACAUUUUCAGCAGAGGAGGUUAAGGACAUUGCUGUUGAGCUGGCAAGAUUGACUGGAGGUAUAGUGCUUGACAUUCAUGAAGAUAACACAAUAAUAAUGUACAGAGGGAAAAACUACUCCCAACCUCCAACAGAGAUUAUGUCUCCACGAGUGUCUCUUUCGAGAAAGAAGGCAUUGGAUAAAUCCAAAUACAGGGAUGCUCUCCGUGCUGUGAGGAGACAUAUUCCAAGACUAGAGCAAGAACUUGAAAUUCUGCAAGCGCAAUUCAAAAGUGCAGCAGAGAGUAAUACAUAUGCUUCUGACGCAAUCCAGGACAUUGACAGAGAGAGAAUUUCAAAUUUUCAGUUAGACAAUUCAGUUAAACACCAAGAGUUGAUGGAUGAUAACAUUGGAUGCACAGAAGAUGAGACAGAUAAUGACUCUGAGUUGGAUUCUGAUUCCGAUAAGUUAUCAGAUAUAUUUGAGACAGAUUCGGAUGUAGAGAAUUUCACCAAAGAGGAAAAACCUCUUUAUUUGGACGAGUUUGAUAAGUUUCCAGAGCAAAGCAAUGGAGAAACAAUUGAUUUUGAGGAGCAUCUACGACAAAUGUCUCUGAAUUCGAAAAACAUGGAAAAGGACCAAGACUUACCAAAGCUGGAUGAAGUUGACAGGAUUUUUCUACAUGCCACAUCCUUUUUAAAGAAAAAAACAAAAUGAGAAAUUUGCUAAACGCGAGUGUUGUAAUCAUCAUACUUAAAGAAAGAGUAGCCUUACAGAAAUUACGAUGUACAACCAUGAAUGGCUUUUCUAAAUUACAAAAGUUUUAGAUUUAGCACUUUA